UGUUGCUGGAUGGUGCAAUCGCUUUCCAGCCUUGCAUCGCUGCCGGACGAUCACGCGCCGAGCUCGUGGACACUCAGCCAAUCGGAAGGUGCGCUUUAAGCGUUCCGCCAAUCAAAGCGCGGCGCUGGAAAGUACCAUGUGAAACCCACCAAUGACCACAGGGCCCAUCUGGUGGAUAUUUAGGCAGAGAUGUAACGCUUGGAAAAUCACAGCCGAACCAUUGCGAACGUUGCGGAUUUCUCCUAGUGUUAUCACACAUUACUAGAUCAGGUCCUCCAACCCACUCUGCUGCAGACAUGGACAUCAUCCAACAAGUGCUCAAUUUUGGUGCUGGACCAGCCAAGCUGCCACCUUCGGUUUUGCUGGAAGCUCAGAAAGAAUUGGUUGACUUCAAGGGCCUUGGGAUCAGUGUUCUUGAAAUGAGCCACAGAUCAUCAGACUUCACGAAAAUAUUGAACAGCACAGAGGUGUUCUUACGAGAGUUGUUGAAUAUUCCAGAAAAUUACAAAGUGCUUUUUCUCCAAGGAGGUGGAAGUGGGCAGUUUAGUGGCAUUCCCCUUAAUAUUAUUGGUCUGAAAGAAUCAAAAUGUGCUGAUUACAUAGUUACUGGUGCUUGGUCUUCAAAAGCAGCCAAAGAGGCUGAGAAAUAUGGAAAGGUCAAUAUUGUGCAUCCCAAACUUGCAAGCUACACAGAAAUUCCAGAUCCAAACACGUGGAAUCUUAAUCCAGAGGCUUCCUAUGUGUACUAUUGUGCCAAUGAAACUGUUCAUGGGGUGGAGUUCCAGUAUAUUCCAGAUGUAAAGGGAGCUGUACUUGUUUGUGAUAUGUCCUCAAAUUUCCUGUCUAGACCCAUUGAUGUUUCAAAGUUUGGACUUAUUUUUGCUGGUGCUCAGAAGAAUGUUGGAUGUGCUGGUGUCACAGUUGUCAUAGUGAGGGAAGACUUGUUGGGCUUUGCAUUGAAAGAGUGUCCUACAGUUUUGGAUUACAAAAUCCAGGCAGGAAACGGGUCAUUGUAUAAUACUCCUCCAUGUUUCAGUAUCUAUAUAAUGGGACUUGUGUUGGAAUGGAUUAAGAAUAAUGGAGGAGCUGCUUGCAUGGAAAAGCUAAGCAUCCUCAAAUCAGACAUGCUUUAUAAUGUUAUUGAUGAAUCCAAUGGAUUGUAUGUCUGUCCGGUGCAGAAAAAGAGCAGGAGCAGAAUGAAUGUUCCUUUCCGCAUAGGAGAUAUCAAAGGUGAUAGUAAACUAGAGAAGGAAUUUCUGGACCAAGCAGCAGCACUUGGCAUGCUGUCUCUUAAAGGACACAGAUCUGUGGGAGGAAUACGGGCUUCACUAUACAAUGCAGUAACUGUGGAUGAUGUUGAAAAGCUUGCAGAAUUCAUGAGGCACUUUAAGGAGACUCACCAGUGAAGAGCAGACCUGCACAGUUUUCUGUCUUUUAUCUUUGUAUCACUACUGUACAAAAUAUGGCACUUCAAAUAUAAGCUAUUUUCAUAAUGUAUAAAUCCUCAUUUGUAAACCUAGCUUGUUUCUUUUGUAUUGAGGUCAAACUAUUCUCAUUUUUUCUU